AUGUACGUGAAGUACCCUAAAGCACCUGGUGCCGCGGAUAUAAUAAACAUUCUAAAAUUGAAAGGUGUUCCAAUACACACAUCAUAUAAUAUUAACGAUUUACUCAACUCCAAACAUGGUCCAUUUAAUAUUCUCAUAAUCCCUGGUGGAACCGCUAAGAAGCAACAAUCUGAUUUAACUGAGAAAGGCUGUGAAAUAAUAAAAUUCUUUGUGUCUUCAGGUGGUGGUUACGUUGGAUUUUGUGCUGGGGCAUAUCUAGCCUCAUUGCCUCCUAAACACAACUUAAAUCAAAAUUAUCCUGGUAUAGGCUUAAUAAAGACGGAAUAUCUGCUUCCAAACACAAAAAUGGAAUUAAAAGGAAAGAUUGAUUUACAAAUUAAUCAGCCAUCGUUAGCAAGAAAUCAUUCAAAGGUGAUUAAAAACAAUAAUGAUUAUAAUUCUAGUAAUGAUCAUUGUACUCUUAGUAUGAAUUAUCACAAUGGCGCUUUCUUUGAAAUUUCUGAUAAUAAAGAAAGCUCUAGCGAUGCAGAUAAUAAUGAAGAUAAUAAUGACAUCACAGUGAUUGGUCAUGUUACUGAGCUGUAUGGCAUCAAUUUGAGAACAAUGAUUGGUAAAGCCGCGAUAAUUAAAUCUUCCUAUGGUUGUGGCUCUGUGGUCUUGUGCGGUCCCCACCCUGAAACAACAGAAGGAUUGGAGCAAUUCACAUUCAACCUCAUAAUGGAAGCCGCUCCAAAACCAAAAUAA